AUGGUUUCGCUGCUGGAUGUCUACAUGUCGAACUUGGCUCAGGGUAGUGCAAGUGAGAGUGGCUCGGAGGUGAAGAGGAGAGGCAUGAACAUCCUGGCCAUGUCCACGAGCAGCAACAACGCCACCCUCAACAGCGCCACCAACAUCACAGCCGAGAUACUCAAGAACAUCCCCCAGGAGAUGUACAAGGACAGUGCGGGGUCAGGGCGAAUUUCGUUCAUAUUCUGUCGGAAUGUGGCGGCCACGGACCCAACGACAAGGAGGAAAAGUUAUAGACCGAGGGAUCUCUUCAAAGUAUCUAACUACUGUACAGCUUUAUUAUUUAUUGCUCUCAAUUUGACGGCAAUACUAGCGGUGCCACUAGAGUCGCGAUUCCGUCGUGACAGUAAUACGAAGUGCCAAAAAUCUCUGGACAACAUUGAGGACCAGUUGAAGAAGCUGAAACUGACCAACCAAUUAACAGAAACGAAUUCCAGCGACUCAGUUCUCACGUAUAGUUAUCCUUACAGAACUGCCUACAACCUGUCUCUGUACCUGCAGAAAACUUCUUCUUUUGGAGGGGAACAAAUGUAUCAUGCUGAAUCAAAAGUUGCUGUGAAUUUGAUGGGUGCAAGGCCGGAGAACACAAUGCCGGGGUUGGGGGACAAAUUCCACCACUCGGGUGAGAGGCUCAUUAACCUCUGCAUUCUGUUCGAUCAGGAGAACAUUGAGCUAGCUGAAAUGGCUAAAUUCUCCAUACAAGCGCACCACAAAGCCACAAAUCAGAUCUACCACGGGUUUAACCAGGACAGAAAGUGCGGGGUGGAUUACUGCUACGGAUUCUCUCUCAUGGGCGAAGACCAGAUCACUCAACUGUACGAACAGUCCCCCUCCCGGCUUUCAUCUUCUGACUUAUGGAAGAAUGAGAAUGGGGAGUUAGAGGCAGUGGUCAUCGACGGAGAGAGACUGCAGUUGUACUUUGAUAUAAUCAUCAAAAACAUCAGUGAAAAAUCAAUUCCUCUUAACAAGUCGUCCGAAAUCUAUUUGCACGGGUUCCAACUUCUGGUGGAGACCUUGUCUACCUAUGACACCUCGUCUGGAGCAGUGGACCAUAAGGUGGACAAAGGGGAGGGGCCUGAAGACGCCUUCGUGCACCGGGUACUCAACAGUGACCUGAUGGAUGGGAAGGAGGCGGGCAGCAAGUGCCACCCCGGAAACUACUCAACUUGCGCUGACUCGUCCAUUUGUUGUCCCACAUACAUGGAGUGGCCCACUCACGAUAUCAUGAAGUUCAUAGUGGAUGACCCCGACACUGUGAAUGUGAUAAUCCCGCCCAAAUACCAUACCAUCAGCUGUGAAGUGAGCCGCGUCUGGUACGAAGACACAGGUCCAAACGAUAAUGCCGAAUCAUCAUGUCAGCCGACGGAGUUUGCUCCAGGCGUGAUAUUGUACGAACCACUGGUCUACUACGAAAACGGCACCACCAAAGCAGUCAUGAAAUCAAUCUACAUCGAGAAGUACUCAAUAGUCAGUUGUGGAUGUCCCACUAAAAAAUAAAAGCAGGAACAAAAAAUUGAAAUGUUAAUUUAAAUUUAUUAUUUUCUACUGUUUUGGGUUUCCUGGGU